AUGCCCGUUAUGAAUACGUAUCAGUAUUAUUGGAGAGUGGAACCUUUCAUUAGAUUCUAUUGUGACAUAGCGGAAGAUCCAUUCAAGAUUAUGCACGAGGAGAAACGUGCUUAUGGUUUUACUAUGGCAAUGCUAGAGGACAGAAAAACAAUCCGACAGUUGUGGAGUAACACGUUGGAGUUUUUUGAAAGUGAACAUCCAGAGUAUGUUGGAAAGCGGAACAGCAUAAAGUUCAUUACACAUGAUUCGGAAACGCAUACAUUUGAGCCUAGAAAUUAUAAUCUUUGUCACUAUUGGUCCAAUUUUGAGAUUGCAGAUUUGAAUUUCUUUCGAUCCAAGGAAUAUGAGGAUUACUUUCAAUAUCUUGAUGCCACGGGGAACUUUUUCUACGAGAGAUGGGGCGAUGCACCUAUUCACUCACUAGCUGUCUCAUACCUUCUUCCAUUCAAAAAAAUUCACUAUUUUGCCAACACUGGUUACUACCAUAAACCUAAUUUCGAUUGUCCAUCUGAUCCAGACAUAUUUAAUGCACUCCAUUGCAAAUGUGAACCUGCCCGAAGUUUCACAAAUUUAGCUUACUCGUGUGUUCCACGUUUCCUUUUAGCAGAGAAGGCCGAUUUGGAAGAAAACACAAAGGUCUAA